AUGCCCGAGAAGGAUCUAGCGUCCUGGAACACAAUGCUACAUGCGUAUGCGCAGCACGGUGAGCUCCAGAGCCUGGGCGAAGUGUUUCGAGAAAUGCCGACGAGGAACGUUCUCUCUUGGACGGCCUUGGUGACUGCAUUUGGGCAGAGAGGACAUCUUUCUUCGUCGAGAACGCUGCUGGAGAAGAUGCCGAGCUGGGAUGCUGUCUGCUGGAACGUCGUCAUCUCCUCGAGCAUUCGCCACGGGAGCAUGGACGAGGCGAUCGGCUUAUGGCGAGAUUGGCGAGCUAGAACUCUCCCAGUCGCUGUUUCGGAAGAUGCCGCAGUGGAACCUCUUCUCGUGGAAUACCAUGCUCACGGCCUAUGCGGAGAAUGGGCGCGUGGAGGACGCGAAACGAAUGUUUGACGCUGUUCCUGUGGAGAACACAGUCUCGUGGAACUCCAUGCUCCAAGCUUACUUUCUCGCUGGUCAAGCCGAGCAAGCCAAGGUGGAUUUCCACCAGAUGCCUCGCAAAGACGUGAUCUCCUGGAACACGCUACUCGCAGUUUGUGCAGCCGGGAACGACUCUACCAGGGAGACGAGACAAACCUUUAAUCUGACACCACAGGUGAACACCGUGUCGUGGAACAUCAUGCUGGCAGCGUAUGUCGAUCUAGGAGAAGUCGACGAUGCAAAGCUAUUGUUUGACGAGAUCCCCGAGAAGAGUUCCGUGUCGUGGAAUACAAUGAUUCAAGCGUUUGCGAAGAAUGGUUUCCUGGACAAGGCCGAGAAGCUGUUCAAGGAGAUGCCAUGUAAAGACAAGCCCGUCUCGUCGUGGACUGUGAUGAUCUCGGCUUAUGCUCUUAACGCACACAUCGAAGCCGCGGAGCGCUUGUUUCACGACGAGGACAUCACUCGAGACGUUGUUAUGUGGAACGCAAUGGUGGCGGCCUACUGCCAGACCGGAGAUGCGGAUCGAGCAAGAAUGGUUUUCCAGAAAAUGCCAAGCCAGAACGUGACAAGCUGGAACUCGGUGGUCCAAGGAUUUAUUCGCAGAGGGUUCCUUGAAGAUGGAAAGAGAUUGCUGAGCAAACAUCCAGAACCAAAUGUUGUGACGUGGUCGAUGAUGCUCGCGUCUUACAUCCAGAUCGGCGAGCUCAAAGAGGCAACGUCGAUCUUCCACCGGAUGCCUCACCGGAGCAUUCUCAGCUGGAACUCGAUGGUUCAAGCUUUUAUUGAGGAGGGAUUCGCUGGCCGGGCCAGGGAGGUAUUUGACAAGAUGAGCAGCCACGACAUGAUAUCAUGGAACAUCACCAUCUCAGGCUACGCUCGCUCCGGAAAAAUGGAAGAAGCUAAAGCAGCAUUCGAAAACGCACCCUCUCGGAGUAUAGUCGCAUGGAAUACCAUGAUCGCGGUCGCCACCCAGUGCCGAGACUUGGACGCCGCAAAAUCACUUUUUGAGGAGAUGCCGGAGAAGAACACGGUCUCCUGGAACACUCUCAUCUCAAGCCUGUGUAGAUUCGAGCAGCAAGACGCGGCGCUACAUCUCUUCAAAGUCAUGGACUUGGAAGGAGUUCCAGCGGACGAGGCAACGUACUUGAUCGUCCUUGACGUGUGCGGAGAUCUGGCAGCUCUCUCGGACGGAUCAAGCAUUCACAGCGACGCGGCGGCCGUGAACUUCCACUUGAGCGUGAGCGUUUCCACCGCGCUCGUCAACAUGUAUGGGAGGUGUGGACGAGUGGAAACGGCGAGAAAAGUUUUCGACUCGAUGCUCAAGCGCGACACAAUCUCCUGGACGUCGAUGAUCAGCGUCUACUCCAACAAUGGACGCUCGCACUACGCUCUCGAGCUUCUGUGGCUCAUGGAACGGGACGGAUUCCCAGCCGACGCCAUAACUUUCGUGGCUGUUCUCUCAGCUUGCAGCCACGCAGGGCUCUUCCGACAAGGCUGGGAGGUUUUCACGUCGAUGCAUCACAGCUAUGGCGUUGCUCAUGGUGUGGAUCACUACGGUUGCAUGGUGGAUCUUUUCGGACGAGCAGGGAUGCUGGAAGUGGCCGAGCAACUGGUGGCAAGCAUGCCUUUUAGUUUGCGGGAUGAUCACCCAGGAAGAGAUAGUGCUACCAUGUCCUGGAUGAUGCUGCUAGCGGCGUGUAACAGCCACUCGGAUCCGGAUCGAGCAGCCAGGAUCGCCGCAGAGAUGGAAACUCUGGCACCGGAAGUUAGUCCUGCGCUCUACGUCUUGCUUUCCAAUGCUCAUGCGACAUCCCUUGGUGAGGAAGAAACCGGCAUUGAUUAAAGUUGGUACAUUGUUUAUCUUGAUAAAUCUUUCAAAUAAUAGUUUCAGUGAA